AUGAAUCCUAGUGAUAUGGUAACAGAAGACGGUCGGGGAAGUCCAGUUCCAAGGAAUGUUCAGUUCAACAUACCUCCGAAUACUCCUGCAGCGAGUGUUUCUCAGAAAUCGCAACAGAGCGGAACUCCUCCACCACCACCGAAGGAUAUUAUUGGCGGUGUGACCUUCUCAGCCAAGCCAAAGCUUCAGAUCAAUCUAAUCAAGUCAACUGUGAUCUGUCCAAAGGAGGAACGAGAACUGUUGAGAACAGCAAAUCCGAAAGCGUAUCAUCAGUUGGAAAAAGACGCUAGCGGAACAUCAGCCGAUAGUCGCAACCAGCAAAUCGAGGACAUACCUUAUGCCAAGACAGCAAGUGAAGUCCACGAUGUAAUAAAAGUUGAGAACCACAUCACGGAGCAUCUCACGAAGUUUGGGAUCGAUUGGUUCUUUGUCAACACAGUAUUUCCCAUCAAGAACAGGAACGGGGAAUUUGAACAAAGCAAGCUUGAGAAUCGAGCGGCAAAUCUUUUGUCAGGUUAUGCAACUCUUACCUUGGAAGAAGUCUUCGACUCAGUCGUAUACCUCUAUGGAUAUGGUUAUGACGAAAGUCAGGGUGAGAAUUCUUGGAUGCCAACAGAUCUUCAAUGGUCUGGAACAUAUCUCAAGAAUCAAUGCACGAGCGAUAUGAUCGAUCGUAUCGAGGAAGACUUGAAGAGCGCAGGGAUCUCGAAAGAAUUCUGGGGGUGGGGACCACUCAUCUACAAGGUUCUUAUGGAUCGUAUCUCUGCUAGCAGCUAUCACGCACUCAAGGCACUUCGGGACUCUCUCGAAGAAGGUGAUGGCAUCAAUUUGUACUCCAAGGUAUAUGAUGGCAAUAUCCGCAAGUUCUGCACGGAAAUUGAGUCUACCAUCCUUAUGUUGCGAAAGAAUGAGAAGCACAAUGCCAAAGGGGAAAUUGUUGGCGAGCGCCACAUGCCCAAGGGCUUGUCAGAGCGUCUUUUGAGGGUAUUCAGCAACACAGGAAACGGUGACUUCGACGAUUUGUUCCAAGGCGAACUUAAGCUUGGGAACCAGAGGUGUCUUCUCGAGAACGUCGAAGGCGAAGCAGCAUACGGCACGCCUGAAACCAUCUUAAUCCAAGCCCGCAAGUUCUAUGACAGGCUCAAUCUUUUAAAUCAAUGGGAGACGGAGGGAACACGAGCGGCUGCCUUCACCGCCGACAUCAGUCCACCCAAAGGGAAAUCAGGAUCCAAGUGCUUCGGGUGUGGACGCGAUAGCUGUCGCCAGAGCAAUGCCACUUGUCCUCGUCACAAUCUGGAAGCAAAUCCCGAAGGGAAGAAGGCCAAAGCUGCUUUCGAUGCAGCCAAGGCAGCGAAGAAAGCCUCGAAGGAAUCUGGGAAGAAGGGCGAUCAAGUUUCCAAGGGCUCAGAGAAGGGAGACAAGACCAACAAGACCGGAAAGAGCAAAUGGCCUCCAGCUCCAAAGGGAGAUGAUCCAAAGGAACAAGAAAUCAAUGGAACCUUGCAUUUCUAUCACUUCAAAGACAAAAAGUGGUACAAGUGCAGAAAGCAGAAAACAACUGGAGAAGACGAACCGUCGCCAAAUACCGGCCCCAGUGCGCACCUCGCGCAAUCAAACGGUGUUUGGAACGGGAACGGUCUAUUCGCGGGAAUGAGUGGAUAUUUCUCUGAAGAGUUCUCCAAGGUCAAGGUCGGAGAUGCUACCAACGAAGAAGUCAUGUUGCAAGAGCGUCUACUCAAGAAUGCCGUUGACAGGGCAAUCCGUAACUUUAACAAGAACCUGGGCCAAGAGUGA